AUGGCAACCCAACAACUAGAGCAAAGACUCUCCAACUUGGACGACGACUCCGCCGCUCUCUUCCACUCCCCGCCAUACCCUCACUAUUACGUACAAAGCCCCUCGACCACCUCCAACUCCGCCGCCAUCCCCCCGCCUUCCUCCUCCGACUCUGGUGCCUUCCUCUCCCCCACCUUCCCCUCCCAUCACCAUCACGACUCUACUUGUAGCCGUGUUACUCUCUCACUCUACUCCUCUUCCUCCCGGGGUUCAAAGAAUGACUCCUAUGUAGAGGAGAAGAAGCACGAGGUGGAAUUGAAGGGAGGAAGACGCUCAAAUGGGGCAAAUGAGGAGGAGGAGGAGGAGGAAAUGGGAGGUCGUGGGAUGAAGAUGAGAAGAAGAAGAAGAAGGGGUUUCAUAAAGAAAUUAGUGGUAUUGGAUUCGAACGAGUCGUCGUGUUGUUGUGUGGUAUUUCACUUUGCUUGGAGGAUAACAUUGAGUUUGGUAUUGGCUAUCUUUGUUUUCUUCAUGGCUACCAAUCCUCCUCAGCCUGAGUUCUACUUCAAGAUUGUAAAUGUUAGGCACUUUAGCCUUGGGGAAGGAGUGGAUGAGACUGGAGUGCCAACAAAAAUACUUUCCUGCAACUGCUCGGUAGACAUGAAUGUUGUCAACAGAUCAAGGUUUUUUGGUUUGCAUAUUUACCCUCCAUUGCUGGAAAUGAGUUUUGAGACUCUAAAAUUUGCCAGCUCGCAGGGUCAAGCAUCAUACGUUGAAAGCAAAAGUUCUUCGACUGCGCGGCUCUUUAUCGGUGUAAAAAACAAACCGUUGUAUGGUGCGGGACGAAGUAUGGAAGAUUUGCUCGAAUCAGAGAGAGGUUUAACGCUAAUGGUACGAAUUCGAAUGCAUUCGAGAUAUCGAGUUGUUUGGGGUUUGAUUGAGAUCAAACAUCAUCACCUUCAAAGUUGCAAUGUAAUUCUUCAAGCCAUGCAUGAUCCCAUAUCCUAUGCUAAAUUAUACGGCAGCAGUUGUGUUCAGAGUUGAAGAACAUUAGAGAUAAGAGGGGAUGAGAGAGUUAUAUUGUUGGUGUUUUGAAGGGAAUUAUGAUAAAAUGAG